CCUCUAGUGUGUGGGGUCGGGGUCCCUCCUGUAGGGGGCGCUGUGUCCUCACUGUCCUGGUAUGUCUCCUCCAGGGCUGGCAGCGGUGUCGGGUGCUGGAUAUGAAUGAGUUCUCCGCCAUCUGUGUAUCUGAACCCGAGAAGGUUCGUGUGGAGAAUCUGGAGCCGUUUGAUGAGUUUGAGGAGCUUCAUCUGAAGUGUUCUCAUUACUUUAUCCUUGUGGCCUCGCAAGGGAACCUGGCAGACUCUCCAGUUUUGCGGCCUGCCUGUGUAACUGAAGACUUCACCGUUUUACCCCCUCCGACCUCUAGAGGCGCCAUCUUUGCUCAUCUUCUGUCACCAUCUGUCCCUGGUUUGUGCCGAUUUGGUCACCGAUCCUGUUUAGUUUCUUCACAAUCUAUUAUGACUACUGGAGGGUUUGGUGAAGGAAAUGGCAAACACCAAAGAUUAAGAGAUAUUCAUCUGCUUCUGCACGGGCAGGACUCAUGGGACCGAGAGGUGAAAACUGGCCAAUGGGAUGGUCGGCUCCUGCACUCACUCACCCCCCUGACAAGCGGCGCCUUCCUAGUUCUUGGCGGCCGUUUCUCUCCCUGUCGUCCGGCUGAAGACGCUCUGAUCCUCACGUAUGAUCAUGUGACCGACGCUCUGACUGUAACACAGAGACCUCUUCAUCCGGAGCUCAGGAGAUGGCGGCACACGGCAACCGAGGUGUCACAGAGCGGUCUCCUCUAUAUCUUCGUGUUCGGCGGUCGCUCUCUGGAGUCUCCGGCUCUUCAGGAGGCCGCGUUCCUUCACACAGAGGACAUGUCCACGGCUCAGGUGACAGUGGUGGGCGUGGCCCCGUCAGGUUGUCACAGUCACAGUUCCUGCGGAUGGGCGGGAGGAGCCGUGGUAUCGGGAGGACUUCUAGCGUCCGGGGCCCCUACGGGAUCCAUCACCGUCCUGAGGCCGGAGCACUCUCACUUCUCCUGGGAACGCUUGGACACCAUCCCCCCUCUGACCCCCAGAUACUCUCACAGCUCACACGUCAUUGGUCACAGACUGAUUCUGGUUGGGGGGAUCUGGAUUCAUGCUCGGGGGGUCCCCGGACUAACUGUGGUGGAUCUGAUCAGCGGCCACGUCUGCGAGUACCAGAUCAACUCUACCCCUGUGGAGUGGCCCCUGAUGCUGCACGGUCACAGCUCUGUUCUCCUUCCUGACGGGCAGUGCGUGUUGGUCCUCGGUGGAGGUGGAACCUGCUUCUCCUUUGGGACUCACCUGAAUAAGCGGCCGGUGAUGUUGGAGCUGCCAAGUACCAUGUGACCAGAGUAC